AUGCUUUGCAGAGGAAUCAGCCUCCUGAACGAAAGCAACCCGAAGAAUUCAGUCGUUGUCCUUGUGCUUCCAGACCUGGCCAAAGACUCCUCACCAAGAGGACUCUGGGACGAGGAGCGACAGAUCUUCGAGGAACUGUAUUCCUUGGGGCAGGUCUGUGAACACAGGUGGAUUGAAUGCUUUGCGCGCGAAUCACGCAAGGCGGAAGUCAAGUCGAACUCCCGGAGGUUCGGCUCGGGAAGGCUCAUUGUAUCGGCCAACGUGCAGGAGGAGAACCCCUGGCUGCAGUCAGAACUGUGCGUUUUUGGGCGAACUGUUGGCCCGAACGAGACCGAAGGUGCUGGCGCCCCUUUGGCGCUUCUGCCGAAGACGGCGUCUCUACUUAUCCCAGGGCCAUUUUUGCCCAAGGAUUCCGUGAGAAUUGCGGAGAGGCUCCGCCCGUCAAAUGAGCAAGUCUGUGCUCAAAAAGGCCACAAGAGGCUGGAGAUGCUGCUCACGUCGCUGCUACGUGGGACAUCUCACCGUGCCGUGCUAUGCGUAAACCUGACAGGCUACGUAGAAGACCUUGCGGUCACAGUUGCAAACCUCCGCAUGAAGAAGGCCAUGGCUGAGUGCAAAGUGAACUUGGAGCGACUGUACUACCUCUCUGUGCACACUCUCGACGCAAAGGAGAAUGUCAAGUACGCGACGUCUCGCGUGCAUCGGGAUUUGCUUGACCUUUGGAUCGAGAAGAAAUUCAGCUACGGCGGCCUGUCUUUCGAUGAGUCAGAACCCGCUUUGAGCGAUGAAGAGAAAUCUGCCAUUGAGGGCCACCAGUACCUUGAAAACCUGGACAACCUGGACCUUCAGGUGCUGGUGAAGUCGGGGGCUGAAUACAAGAUCCACCCUGAUCAGCUGCGUCAGUGGGAAGCUGUCGGGGGAGACAUUGGUGAUGAGUUUGCCAAGCUCAAAGCGCAGCAUGAGGGGAAGUACCAGACCCUUCUGAAGGACAUUGUGCAGAGCAGCACAGUGGUCGAAGACACACUCGUUCGCCCUGCUGAUGAAUCUUCUGGCGGUGAUUCAGCGCCAGAUAUCAAGGUCUUUGAGAAUUUGGAAGCCUUGGAGGGAGAAGACGGCCCUCUGAAGCCGCGCUGCAGCUCCGAAGUUGCUGGCGUUGAGGUGCGUCGUGGGAAGUCUGGUUCAGUAUAUCUCAUGGCCUUGGACAAGCAAAAGAUCUUGCCCAAGCACACGUUGGUGGGCGGUUUUGGGACAGGGAAGUGUCUCGGAAAGCUCGAUGAAAAGCAGAAUGUAUUUGUCAGUUGGGAGGAAGGGGACCGUACCGUGGUCCAGAUCGACAUGGCCAGCUUGAACCCUGACAGCACGGCCAUCGAGUCCAUGACACUCUACAAAUAUUUGAUUCUGCUGGAGAAGCAGAAGAAGGUGACGCGUUACGAUGUGAGCUACUCUGAGAUCUCACGUCAGGUUGAUGCUUCGGGCGACGGCUUCUCCGUGAAGGUGAAGAACCCUCACGCCUACCGAACAAUUCCAGAUUCUUGCCACGUGUUGUAA